AUGUGGCCGCUGUGGCUCUGCUGGGUGCUCUGGGUGCUGGCCUUGGCCGGCCCCACGGCGGCCCUGACGGAGAAGCAGAUCCGGGCCAGCCUGCUGCAGCGGCUGCAGCUCAGCGAGGUGCCCGUCCUGGACAAGGCCGACGUGGAGGAGCUGGUCAUCCCUGCCCACGUGAGGGCCCAGUACGUGGCCCUGCUGCAGCACAGCCACAGGGUCCUCUCCCGCGGGAAGAGGUUCAGCCAGAAAUUCCGAGAGGUGGCCGGCAGGCUCCUGGCGUUGGAGGCCUCCACGCACCUGCUGGUGUUCGGCAUGGAGCAGCGGCUGCCGCCCGACAGCGAGCUGGUGCAGGCUGUGCUGCGGCUCUUCCAGGAGCCGGUCCCCAAGGCCGCGCUCCGCAGGCACGAGAGGCUCUUCCCGCGCAGCGCCCGGGCCCGGGUCACCGUCGAGUGGCUGCGCGUGCGCGACGACGGCGCCAACCGCACGUCCCUCAUCGACUCCAGGCUCGUGUCCCUCCACGAGAGCGGCUGGAAGGCCUUCGACGUGACCGAGGCGGUGAGCCUCUGGCAGCAGCUGAGCCGGCCCCGGCAGCCGCUGCUGCUGCGGGUGUCGGUGCAGAGGGAGCACCUGGGCCCCCUGGCCUCCGACGCCCACAGGCUCGUGCGCUUCGCCUCCCAGGCGGCGGGGGGCGCGGGGCAGCGGGAGCCCCAGCUGGAGCUGCACACCCUGGACCUGAAGGCCUACGGAGCUCAGGGCGAUUGUGACCCUGAGGCGCCAGUGACCGAGGGCACCCGCUGCUGCCGCCAGGAGACCUACAUUGACCUGCAGGGGAUGAAGUGGGCCGAGAACUGGGUCCUGGAGCCCCCGGGCUUCCUGGCCUACGAGUGUGUGGGCUCCUGCCAGCAGCCGCAGGAGUCCCUGACCUUCCAGUGGCCGUUUCUGGGGCCGCGGCAGUGCAUCGCGUCGGAGACGGCCUCGCUGCCCAUGAUCGUCAGCAUCAAGGAGGGAGGCGGGGCCAGGCCCCAGGUGGUGAGCCUGCCCAACCUGCGGGUGCGGAAGUGCAGCUGUGCCUCAGACGGGGCGCCUGUGCCCAGGGAGCUGGGGCCGUAGGCCUCUGACUGGACCCGCACAGAGGCAGGUCUUCAUGUAGGUCUGAAUUUUGUACUUAGCAAGUCACCCUUGCCCCGAUUUAGUGCCCUUGUUUUACCUCUGCCCUGCUUCCUUCCGUUUCCCAUGCUUGCUGUCCAGCAGCCAUCCUAAGCACUUACAUGAGUGAAUAUUGCUGAGCUCUGGUAAGAAAUCCUGGCCCACUUACCGGAGCAUCUAGCCAAGCAAUGGACACAUUGUCAGCUGGGGAUUUCUGUUCCCUGGCAAUUCUCAACUGAGGGUUCUAUGAUGAGAACUGGAGAAAUAGAUCUGAUUUAUCCUACUGCAUGAUGAAUUAAAACAAAAUAACACAAAAAAAUCCCUGCUUCUCCUCAAAAGGGAGGAUGUCUAAAAAACAACUCCUCAUCCCUGGAAACAUUGACCCAUUUUGUACUUUUAUAAACAUGCCGGGUCCCUGUUCCCCUGAGAAGGUGCUGGGAGGGAAGACGAAGGGCUCCAGGCCUGGGGCAGUGGACAGGGAAUCAGGACACCUGGUUUCUGGAUCUGGCAGGACUACUAGCUGUAACCUCAAGCAAAUGCAGAAGCUUUUAGGCCAACAUGCCCUCUUAAAAAGGAGGAGCUGGACUUCAGCUCUAGACUUCAGACAGUCCCUAGCCCUACCUGCUCCUCCUGAGACUGAGCAUUGCUUUUGCAUAUUUAGGUGAUUUCCCCCACUGUUUUAACAGAAUUUGUCACCAAAACCCACGUGUGUUUAGGUUGUUUCGUUUAGCAAAAACAAUU